AUGAUCGUGCGGGAGAGCCCCAAGUCAAAAGUCAAAGACAACCAGCCCAACUGGCCCCCGCAGUCGUCCGUCGAAGCCCUUCUCAGCUCGCCCUCCGGACGUAAAAAGUACGAGAGCCGCCGCCAGCGCGAUUCGGCCUCACCAUCCCCCUCGAAACGCCGCCCCAUGUCGCGCGGAGGAGUCCAAGCCGGUAGCGAUGGAGAGGAGGACGAGGAGACGCUGCAGCUGCAGCUCCAGGCCAUCGAGGCCAAGCUGAAGUUGAAGGCGCUGCAGAAGAAGAAGAACGAGUCGCUGGACAUGGACCGCAACGGCGCAUCGUCGCGAGCCAGCAUGGCCACCAGUAUGCGCAGAAUCGACCUAUCGCGACCCGACAGCAAACACGACAACGACAUCGAGGUGCCACGCUCACCAGUCCGGACCCGUCAACCGCCUACCGAGCCCAAGAGCCCUGCGCGGGUCAUGUUGGGCAUAGACAAGGGACUUACUGCUCGCGACGUUAGUCUCAAGCGGCCGGGGACCCCUGGGCGACUGUCACGGUUGGGUUCGUCUCAAGGUCCAGCAACGCCAAAGAUCAAGUCCUUCAGCGAACGCAUCGCAGAAAGUAGGAACAAGGAGAAGGAGCGCGAGGUCAAGGAGGAGAGGGCUGAGCAGAGGAGGAGCAGGGGCUUUGGCUUGCAGAACAUCGAAGGAAUCAAAGAUCGGCCCUCACUAUCACGAACGAGUUCUGACCAGAGCUCGCGCGACAUGCCACCGCCCGCCUCCAGGACUCACGCCCGAACACAAAGUCUACAGAAUCGGUCGUUCGGAAACCCACCUACUCCACGGCCAGGAUCUACAAUGUCCUUCAGACCUGAGAGCGCACGCCCGACAUCAUCCGCUUCCAAAUCCUCAUCCAGCAGCUUUGGCACAACCCCAACCGCUUCAAGAUACGCCGAGAUCUCAUCACGCGAUGACAGUACAGAUGCGCCCAGUUUUGAAUCCUUCUCUGGCCUUCACCUCAAGUCUAGAGAAAUGCAACACAAUGUGGUAACACGCACGCUGGAAGGCAAGACUGUACUCACCAUACCGCAAUUGUUAAAGACCGUCAAAGCGCCUGAGUACGACCCACCAGAAUGGGAAAAUGACUAUGUUGUUCUCGGGGUCAUCUGCUCAAAGUCAACACCGCACAACUCCAAGAACGCAGCCAAAGACCAGACCAAAGGCAAGCAGGACAAAGACAUGGAUCAGAAUGGCAAGUUCAUGGUCAUCCGUCUAACAGACCUCAAGUGGGAGCUGGACCUUUUCCUGUUCGAUACCGGUUUUUCGCAAUUCUGGAAACUGCCUCUUGGUACACUGGUUGCCAUCCUCAACCCGGACAUCAUGCCACCACGGAAUCGCGAUACCGGCAAGUUCUCACUGAAACUCUCAAGCUCUGAUGAUACUAUACUCGAACUCGGCACAGCGAGAGAUCUGGAUUUCUGCCACGCGCAACGUAAAGACGGCAGAGAAUGUGGCCAGUGGAUCGAUGGUCGCAAGACUGAGUUCUGCGAGUUCCACAUCCAACUUCAAGUUGACAAAGCCAAGAAAGGUCGCAUGCAAGUUAACACUAUGACUGGGAUGGGUAGUGGGCCUGGUGGCGGCAUGUUUGGUGGUCGACGUGGUGGCCCCAAGGGUGAUGAACUCAAAAGGGAAGGCAAGUACCAUGAUCGAGAACUCCACGAAACCGUAUACAUUGCACCACGACCCGGCGGAGCAGCCAAACUCAUCGACCGCGAUCACCAAAACUGGGAAGGCGGAGCGAAUCGUGAAGAUCGCUUCCGUAAGCAAUUGGCCGAAAAGGAGAGGGAAAGAGAACUCGCCAAGAAGCUUGGUACAAUGGGAGAUGGCAGUACCGGAGGUGACUACAUGAAGCUGAAGGGUGCUGGUACCCAGAAUUUGCCUGCAAGAGGGUACACAUCGUCGCAAGGCUCAACAGGUGCAAAGCCUGAUAAGCCAGUCGACACCGACUUUAGUAGUCUGCUUAACCGUACGUCUGCCGAUGUUUCUUUGGCGCCCGUUAAACGUAAACGAACAGCAUCAGCGAAAUCAUCAACUUCGAGCGACCCCGUCGGCUGGGGAUUCAAGUACGGUCGUAUCCCAUCACCCAAGAAGGAAGUGCCCUCUGCAUUCCGCGGUACACGAGAAGCCAGUCCAGCAAAGAAGAAAGCCCGUCUCUUCUUAGAUGGCAAAGGCAUUCGCGAGCCUGGACGAGAGAGUCUGGGUGGUCUAGACGCAGGACUCAUUGCUGCUAUGGACGACGACGACGAUGACUUGGAGGUAGUUUAA